AUGUAUUCGUUGAAACCUAAAGAAAUCAUUGUUAUUGAAACUAUUGAAAGGCUAUCAACUAUUAUAUCUAAUUUAGUGAAAAAAUUAUGCGAUAAAGAUAUUUAUAUAAUUAAAACGCUUUCUAGUAUUAAUCAAUAUCAAUAUUAUGGCAAUAAACCUUCUUUGAUAAUAGCUUCUAACAUAAAACACAAUAUUUAUAAUCAGUAUUCAAAUAAUUUAUUUAGCUAUAAUAAUAAUAAUAAUAAUCUUAUACUUAAGAAAUUAGUGUAUAAUGAUCAAGAAUGUGUUAUGCCUGUUAAUGAUAUCUACUUAUUUCUUACAAAUGAUGAAACAAAUUCACAAUUCAUUUCAAAUAUUAAUUUAAACACUAAAAGAAAAAUUGUGGAAAAUGAAAUCAACUUAUGUCAUGAUUUAACAAAUACAAUUAAAUUUGAUUAUCCUUCCUACAACUUGUUCAGGCACAAGCUUUUGGUACAUAUUUUAACAAGAUUAAAUAUUGAAGUAUUGAAUGAUGGGCCAAAAUUUACUCUUCCAAUAAAGUUACCAUUUCACGGUCUUAUAAGAUUCAAGAAUCAUCAAGACAAUAUCAAAUUUUUUGAAAAUACAUCCCAGGAUUCAAACUCAACACACUCCGCCAUUGAAAUAAUUAAUAGUGCCAAUGGCCCCGAAACACGAUUACAUGCGGGAAAUGACUUUAUCUAUCAGAAAGAUGCCCAGUUGAAAUACCGGCUUAAUUGUUCCCUACAAUGCGGCAACGGUAUGGAAGUGACGAGACAAUUUGAUUUCGACACGUAUUAUGCUUCCCUGAAGACCAAAAAUUUGGGGCACAUUUUUCUCUGGUUCCCUUUACUGGACUCUACUUUUCACCUUCUCGAAAGCUUCAAAGAAAUAGUACCAGGAGGCAUUGAUUUCGCCAUCUUGUCGUAUUGUUGUUCCAAUUCUGUCGGUAGAACUGGAAGCAAAUGGAUUAGCCCGGAAGGAAGCCUGAGUUUCACCUUGUCUCACUACCUCACUUCUCCCGUUGACGGGCAAUCAUUCCCCAUAGAUUCUACCAAGUUGGCCUGUUGGCUGCAGCACCUAACGGCCAUCGCCUUGGUCGAAACUCUUCGUGAACGCACUUUUAAACGUGAAGGGAAUGUUUUGGAGUACAACAAAAACGUUGAUUUCCACAUCAAAUGGCCUAACGAUGUCUAUUACGCUGGGAAAUACAAAAUAGCCGGAAUUUUGAUCAGGGUCAACCAUAUAGAUGAUCGGAUAAUCGAUUAUACUCUGUCUUUCGGUCUCAAUUAUUACAACACUAACCCGAUUCUAGGUUUGUUGGAUAUAUCUAAAAUUAUGGGCGGUACCAUUUUAGUCAGUCCCGAAUUAUUUUUGGCCUCAUUUUUGAAUCGUUACGAAAAUUAUACGGAAACGCUUUUGAGCUCCUCUUCCGUGAGGCUUUGCGGCAAUAUAGGAGACCCCGUAUUUUGCGAUUACAUCGACGACGUAGUCAAAAAGGAAUACUACGGAUAUUGGCUCACUAAAAUAGGACAAAAUAUAACCAUACAUGGUCAAGAAACUCGAAAUGCCAUUAUAACAGGAUUAGAUGAUUAUGGGUAUUUAAGAGUAAUGAUUCAUCGAGAUAACGAAACUGAAGGAUCCGAAAUGGUAACGCUACACGAUCAAGAAUAUUCGUUUGACGUUGUCAAUCACGUUCUAUUCCCGAAAUGAAAAAUAUAUAUGCAUAUAAAAUUCUAGUUUAUGUCAUGAUUAUCCGUCAUAAAAUAUUUAAAAUUAAUUUAUC